UACACCAAGGCAGGCCAGCUUAAACAGCAGGUGGAUGGGUAUGAGGUUUGCAACGUAAAUUUUUCUUCCUGGUCUCUGGAAUCCAGCAGUGACAAGGAGAUAGCAGGGUGUCGAGCAGAAUUGAACCUGAAGAGCAGGACACUAUCACCUGUGUUAUUACACAGCAGGAAAAUAGGGAAGCGAAGUGUGAAGCACUGUCGGCAUCCUAGUCGUGGCCGGCUCAGUAAAUUCAUGAGCCGGAGUGUGGAAACAGUAGUGGUUUCUGGAGACGAAGGCCGGCGGCCAACCUGCUCAUUCAAAAGCAGAAGCCUAGAGCGGUCACUUAUGUUCAAAGAACCUGCUGAAGUCUUAGCACCUAGGAAGUAUCAUGUCCCAUCUACUCACCUGCCUCUCAAAGGUAUCUUGAAGCAGACAGAGAUGCUUGCAGUACAGCCUGAAGGCCUGCGUAAAUCCCAUUCAAUGGAAACCCUAGCUCGUGGUUGCCGCUCUCGCAAGUAUAGUGACCCUCAGCUGUGUCUCAACAGAAAUGGCAGGCAUACAUCUGAACACAACAGCAUGAGCUCUUCUGAAUCCCUCAGGCGCAAAGAGAAGAUGACGGAGGAGAAGCUCCAGUUCUCCAAAUUCCUGGAUGAGAUCACUCACAGGGUGCUGAGCCCUGUACACUUGCAUUCCUUGGGUGAGGGCAGAAAUGGAGAAGGAAUCCAGGACUCCCCCAGAUGUUCCACACCAGAAUGUCAGAAAGAAAGCCAGCCUGGAAGCAGUAAGCGAGCGGCUGAGAAGAGCCCUCGCCCAACUAGGAGAAAAUCAGAACGGAAGCGUGAGGGUUUUGAAAUGGUAUCCUGCUGUAGGAAACUGCCAGAGAAGAUGGAAAGGGCUACAAAGCUAAGGAGAAAGCCUAUCCUGGUGAGGAAGGACAGCAAGGAAAAAUUCCUCUCCAUGGAGAAGCGGGUGGUGGAUAUGUGUCAGUAUCAGCUGCAGCACCUGGCAGAGCUGGGCUUGACAAAGGUGGCUUCCGAGCAGCAGCAUCUGCCUUCAUGGAAAAUGCCUGAUCAGGAGGGAGGGAGAGGCAAAGGGCAAGACGAGAGAGAGCACCCAUUGCAGCAUAUGUGGGUGCCACCCCUGGCUUUCAAACACACCCAGAAGCCAGUGCUGGAGUCAAGCUGCUUGGAGAAAGGGCCCUUCUCCCCUCGCUCUCACUGGAACCAGGAGGGCAAUGGCUCACCUAGAACCUCCCCUUCUUUCAGCUUAGCACUAAACAAGGAGCCAUUGACAGAUGCAGAAAGAAUGAAGUUGUUGCAACAUGAAAAUGAGGAGCUGCAUCGCCGCCUGGCGUAUGUCACCAACAAAAUGGAGGCAAUGGAGAGGGAGUUAGAGUCUGGACAAGACUAUCUAGAGAUGGAAUUGGGACAGAAUCGUGAGGAACUAGAGAAAUUCAAGGACAAAUUCCGUAGGUUGCAGAACAGUUAUACAGCCUCACAAAGAACCAAUCAGGAUUUGGAAGAGAAGCUGCAUGCCCUGAUUAAGAAAGCUGAAAUGGAUCGGAAAACCCUUGACUGGGAGAUUGUGGAGCUCACAAAUAAGCUUUUGGACGCUAAAACAACCAUAAAUAAACUGGAAGAGCUUAAUGAGAGAUAUCGGCAGGACUGUAACUUGGCAGUGCAGCUACUGAAGUGUAACAAAUCUCAUUUUCGAAACCACAAAUUUGCUGAUCUUCCCUAUGAACUUCAGGACAUGGUCAACAAGCACCUACAUAGCACUCAGGAGUCUUCAGGACCUGGCCAGGAGGCCCCACACACCUUGGCCCCAAAUGAUGUUGUGCCCACUUCAGUCAUUGCUAGAGUCCUAGAGAAGCCAGAGUCACUGGUGCUGAACUCAGCUAAGUCCAGUAGUGGCAGCUGUCCUAUGGCUGAGGAUGUCUUUGUGCAUGUAGAUAUGAGUGGAGCGCUGCCUGAUGCUUGUCCAACCUCAGCGCAGUCUGGAAAUGAAGUGUCAGGGGGGAGCAAGACACAGCAAAAUGGAAGUUGCAAGUCACAGGUCUGUUUGGAGAGUGAGGUCCCCACUUUCGAGAAAUUGAGUCCAUAUCCCACUCCACCUCCUCCCCAUCCCAUGUAUCCUGGGCGUAAGGUGAUUGAGUUCUCAGAGGACAAGGUAAGGAUCCCAAAGAACAGCCCCCUACCAAAUUGUACUUACGCCACACGCCAGGCGAUCUCGUUAAGCCUGGUUCAGGGGGAGGAUGAGAGCUGUGACAGGCAACGCACCCUUCCCAGUAGCCCCGCUUCAGAAGGGCAGCGCUCAGCCUCCAGUUGCUCUUACCAGCCAUCCCCCAAGGUGAGUCGAGCCCAUGGCUCUUCACAGAGCAGCCCCUUCAGCAGCCCUCCACAGGUUCCCAGCACAUUUGCCAGUUCAGCCAGCUCCGAGGAGGAUUUGCUAGCUAACUGGCAACGGAUGUUUGUGGAAAAGGCACCCCCUACCACAGAGCGGGUGUUGGUGAAUCGCACGUCAUUUAGCCGUGACACUGCCCAGGAACUCCAGAAGCGUUUUAGCAGCUCUAUGCAAGAGCUGGGCCGGGCAGCCUCUGCCUACUCGGAUGGCGAAGAGUCAGUGCAGAGCUGCAGUUGGACUGUGAGCAGAGAUUCAAGUGUGGACACAGACAGUACGGAAUCCCGGGCCCGCCGGAGCCACUUCUCUUCUGACUAUGGCACAGACUUCUCCCAGGAUGAAGCCCGCAAACUUCUGCAAGAGGCUGGCAGUGAGGGACUGGCAGAUCGAGCCAGUUCUUCCCCAGGGAAGCACAAAGACUUUGUAGAUGUAGACUCACCAGGGAGCCCAGCAGAAGAACAGGGAAUGUUGUUGCAGGGAAAUAAGGAAAACAGCCAAGACAGAGUUUUGGAACAGAGCACAGAAGGCAGCAAAAACAAGCCUUCUGGCCGCCCACAUCGCAGCCCCAAGAGGAUGGGUGUUCAUCACCUCCAUCGGAAAGACAGUCUGACACAGGCUCAAGAGCAAGGCAACUUGCUUAAUUGAGGGUAGGGAGGAAGGAUAGCACAGGCUGCCCUGGUGCAGUACAGCCUCUAGUGUUGUUCCCAAGGGCUACACCUCUAGUCCUGAGAUCCAAAGGACAACCACCGUGGUACUCCUUGCCAGGAAUUCCAGGCCAUUUUUUAUAUAUUGUAUUUUUACUAUACAUGAAGAGUGAGAUAACUCUUCUACAGCACCUGAAAAAAUAUUUGGAUGUACACCAGCACACACGUAUGUGCUUGUGUCUUCACAGCUCAGUUUGCACUCAUUCUCAUUCUUUCAAAAUUCAGUUCUGCCUUCACACUCCUAUUCCUUCUAGCUAGUGCUACAUCCUGUUAUUGAUUGAGUUAUGCCCUGGGACACACAAGCCUGUAUUCCUACUUUUUCAGUUUGUGCCAAGAAACAGGAACAUACUUUCACUAUUUUUCUUAUCUGAACCCUCUAUCAACCUGCCAUGUGAAGGCCAUGAAUGAGGUAUGAAGGAUUACAUGGGUGGAUGUCCCUAAUUGUGAAAGCUUUGUUGCUUUUAUUUUGCUGCAUUCAUUUUUUCUGUGUGUCUGCUAUUGUGUUUAUAUGCAUAAAUGUGAACAAAUUGGACAGUGUUCUGAGGUCACAUCUGUAAGUUUCCUUGCCUCCUAAGUUGUGAUCAAGGUAUCUACUUGUUGAGAUGAACUUCAGACUCUGAAAACUAAGUUUCAUCUUCCAAUAUGGGAUUCAGAGGUUCCAGUCACCCAGAAAAAUUGGACUGUUUGCCAUAGUGGACUGGAUUGUGUGUCUGUCUCUGUAUAACUGUCUUGUCAGCUCUCACUUGGAUAGUCUGUAUUUUAUUUGGGUGUCAUUAGCCUGUGUCUGUUUGUAUAUUCUUUUAGGUCCUGGGCUUUUUGAAAUGUGAUCUCUCCUUUUGUAAAUGAGCAAAAAUCUUGCAGUAAGCUUCACAAAAUACCUGCUCUGCAAGAAGUGACUCAUUUUAUUCUUUGCUGUUGGUGUUGCUCUUUAUUGAAUUCACAGGGCUCCUUCACUGGCUGUGGAAAGGGUUCUUGCUAGGUUAGGCCUAGACAGUGCAGUCAUCUUGCCUCUUGAUGGCUGUCUUUGUCAUAAAAUCAUAAAAUAAGAUGCCGGCUCUUGUUUGACACACACACACACCCCUCCUAUAGAGGUGAUUGAUGGCAAUGACAUCCCUGUUUGAGUUGGUCUCCAUAUUAAUACUAGUGCCUUUCCAAGGCCUUAUCCAAGGCUUGAGAUCCCUCCUCCCCUCCUUGGUUUGUCUUUUAAAAGUGUUUUCUGUGUUUUUAUUUUAUUUGCAGUGUUUGUGUUGUGUGUGUGUGCGCGCACGCGCGCGCACGCACACAUGCUCGAAGGGAGAGGGGGAAAACUCAACAGUAUUAGGAUUUUUCACUGACUGAUCAAGUUCUCACAACUUAAUUUGCUCACCUGCCCUAAUCUCUUGGUUCAUUCAGUGAAAUGUCUAAGCUACUAGGGUCAGUUACAUUGUCAGAUGCCUUUGAAUGAGGGCUGUGUGAUCUUCCACAGGCGACUUUAUCUUUUUAAUGUCUAUCCCCUUAGCACAGGGAGUGUUCUCCCUUGGAAACACCAGCAAAGCAGCCAAAAGCUGUCAGUAAACUCCACUCACAGCCCUGCAAGACCAACAGCUUUUCCUUAAUUUUCCAAUAUCCAUUGGAUAGCUAGUAUAGCCUGUGUUGCAUACAUUUGCCUGCAGCCUACAGCACUUGUGCAGUUCCUCUGUUGUCUCUCACUUUAGCCAGGGUCUACUGUGCAUAGCCUUGAACAUAACUGACUACAGAUGUGGCCUUUCUUAUAUACUUGUUAAUUGGCCACUUCUUUUGUUAAGCUGCUAGAUAUUGCAUCUCAAUGUUGGGGUGUGAUUCAGUGUUUUUUUGUUCAGCUAUGCGAAUAAACUGGUGCUAAACAUGAACCCUUUCCCUUUAGCCCACAAGACACUACAGUGGUACCCCGGGUUACGAAUUUAAUUCGUUCCGCCGCCGCGUUCGUAACCCGAAAAGCUUUCGCAAGCCAAAAACCCAUAGGCGCUAAUGGGGAAAAGCCGCGAUUUGGUGCGAAAAA